UAUGCAAUCAACAACAACAGCUACAACAGCAGCACCAACAACAACAACUGAAGCUACAACAACAACAGCUGCACCAACUACAACAACAACUACAACAGCAGCACCAACAACAACAACCACUCUUGUAUCUACAACAACAAUGUCAGUUAAACCAACUGAAGGUACAACAACAACACCUGCCGUUAUUGAAACAACCACAACUACUGCAGGAACAACAACCAAAAUCUGUCCAUUCCAAGAGACAAUGGACAAUCCUGCUGUAAUUGGUCAAGGCCAAAUCAAGACUAGCCCAUCUGAAGAAGGUUCAAAUGAUAAGGUUCGUUUGGACAAGGAAGGAUGGACACCAAAGGUUCCAACCAGCUCAACUGAAGAAAAACCAUAUGUUGAUAUUGACCUCGAUGUUGGUGAUGACAGUAAUGAACCAUAUGUUGAAAAGGUCAUUAUUAAGGGCAAUACUCAGAUAGUAUCAGUAUACAAAAAGAAUGUCAAUGAUGAUGAUUGGACUGGAAUUGUUGAAGAUGUUGAAGUUAAGGAAAAUGGAGAAGUUGUCUUCCCCACAGUUGUAAAGGCCGAUUCUAUAAGAAUUGUACUUGUUAAACCUGAAGAUAAUGAGGAUGGUUCUCCAGUAACUAACUACAGAGUUAAUGUUGGAGUACAUGCUUGUAUCACACCAACUAUGACUACAACAACAUCAGCUCCAACAACAACUAUGACUACAACUACACCUGUAGCUACAACAACAACAGAAGCUACUACAACAGCAGCUCCUACAACAACAACUACUACAACAGCUGCUCCAACAACUACAGCUGGUACAACAACAGAAGCUACAACAACAACAACAAUGAAACCAACUGAAAGUACAACUUUGAGUACAACAACUACUACUAGCACAACAACAACAACAACUGCUAUGGUAACAACUACCACAACUCCAGCAGAAACAACAACAGUCAAGAUCUGUAACUUUGAAGAAGAUACCACUGACAAAGAAAACAACCCAUUGACAAACUUGAGACCAAAGAGUGGAAAGGCUUUCGUAUUGCCUGUUCCAAAGAAGGACUCUGAUGAAAAGAAACCAUUUGUCACAGUUGACUUGACACCAACUGAUGAUACUGCUGCUCCAUUUGUUGAGAAGGUACGCUUCCCAGAAUCAAACAUUGGAAAGGUUACAAUCAAGAGAUUGGUACCAGCCAGUGAAAAGAAUGCUGGACAAUAUGAAACUGUUGCUGAUAAUGAAACACCAACUGGUGAUGAUAAUACAAUCAAAUUCACAACACCAGUCCGCAUGGAUAAGAUCCAAAUCAUUUUGGAAGAACCACAAAAUGAUGAUGAUACUGAAUACAAACUUCAUGUUGCUAUACAUGCCUGCUUCAAGGUUAAAGUAACAACAACAACUCAACCACCAACAACAACAACUACAACAGCUGCACCAACAACAACUACUGAAGCUACAACAACAACAGCUGCACCAACUACAACAACAACUACAACAGCAGCACCAACAACAACUAUGACCACAACAGCUGCACCAACAACAACUACUGAAGCUACAACUACAAUUACUGUUCCAUCAACAACUACAGUUACUACAACAACAACUACAACACCAGCACCAACCACAACUGAAGCUACAACAACAGCACCAACUACAACAUCAACAACAGCAGCUCCAACCACAACAAAAACUACUACUACUACCACAGCAGCACCAACAACAACUACUGUUCAAUCUACAACAACAAUGUCAGUUAAACCAACUGAGGGUACAACAACAACACCUGCCAUUGUUACAACAACAACAACUGCUGAAACAACAACAACUAAGGUCUGUCCAUUCAAAGAGACAAUGAAAGAUUCAACAAUCAUUCCAAAGAAACUUAUUAAGACAACUCCUGAAGAUGGAGAAGAUUCAAAUGAUAAGGUUCGUUUGGGUAAGGAAGGCUGGAUUACAAAUGUUCCAACAUCCAGUGAUCAACCUAAACAACUGUUGAAAUUAAAUUGA